UUCGACAUCGACCCGUGGUUUAAAAAUUAUUUGAAAUAAUAAAUAAUUACCCGGUGAGCAACUUUUGGUGACAUCUAUGACGAAAAAUUCCGACUUUGACCGAGCAAACGAUCCAACGCAUGGAUUGAAACGAGAGAUCCGGGAUAGACGCCGAACUGAACGGCCACGUUAUUUUUUUAUUUGAACAAUUCGACCCGACCAAAUGAACAAUAUUCGAUUCCGACGUUUGAACGAUUUGAUUAACGACAUUUAAGAUCAAUUCGAGUUUGAUCCGAAUAAUGAAUCGCGAAAAAAUAACUUCGACCGACAAUAACCGACUCCUGUGAACAAGUGAACAAGCCGAAGCAUCGGCGUGAAUCGGAACAAAGUGUACGACUGAAUUGUUUUGUUAAUAAACGAGUGAAGUGCCAUAAUGAUUAAUUAAUGAAAUAAUUAAUUUCGCGUAAUAACGGUGUGAUAGUGAAAUUGAACGCGUUACCGAAAUAAAAUAUUAUUUUAUAUUUUAUUUUAUUUCAUCGAGCAAUUCUGAGAAUUACGGAUUAUCCGUGUCUCAUUCGUACCGCAGUCGAGUCUUACGUUUACAAUACUCUGACGUCAUUCGUCAAGUAUUUUGUGUGAAAAAUAAAAUAAGUUUAUUUUAUUUCGAAAAUCGACUGUGUUUCUCCGAGCAAUGAACUAAUUGUGUUUUCGACCAACUACGAUUUUUUUUUGAUAAUAUUGUUUAUAUCGAAUCAAGCCGACAACGGCAGUUAGAUUUUUUUGUAACCGAUAACUUUAUUUGUGAAACCGAUCAACGAUUUUGUUUAAUUAAAUACGACUGAUUAUUUGUUUAAUUCUGAUCAAUUAUUUAUCGUAAUCUUAAGUGCCUGACCUUUCCCCGAUCCGCCACCCUGAGUCGACAUUUUUUUGAUAAUUGUUUAUUUGGUGAUUGUUACAUCACCUGGCGCCCAACUUAAUUAAUUUUGAACAAGGUUGCCAAAAAUCGUAAGUGUAUUCGGACUUCACUCCGGUAGAUCCCCGGUGGUGAAAAACCCGUUACAUAUUUUGGCGCCCAACGUGGGGCACAAAAGGUCAGAAGGCACGGAUCUACGUAAGAUUACGAUCGACAAUUUUGAACGAACCGUUUACGACUCGACCCGUUAAAUUGAUCAACUUCGCCAAGAUGUUCCAUUCACCGCCAACGACUCGACCGACCAAUCUGGACACGACAUGGCAGAACAAUCGAUUCAUGGAACAGAUAUCCACACUGACCGACCAGGUCAACCGAACAAUCGAACAACGACUGAUACCGACCAAUCAGAACAAUCGAACAACCGAAGAACGACCGAUAUCGAUCACACCACCGCUGAUUUUCCGAACCGGAACGACGCCACUUGCUUCACCGACACCGUCUAAUCGAGAAAGAUCGAUCAGUACUUGCUUUGAGGCUAUGCAAGAACAUGCUAGCCUAUCCGCUGAGAGAAGACGCCUAGAAGCCAUUGAACGAGAGAUGGCCCGACAAAUCGAAGCCCUCCGUUCCCAGGAGGAAGCUGUCGCAGCUGCACGGCGCAAGCUGACAGCUCAAACACCGAGUUCGGUAGGAUACGAAUCCGGUUACGAAUGGAUCAACGACUUAGAAUCGAAGCAGAUACGCGAAUUCCUGCUUACACUAAAUGCUAGCGUUUCAGGAACCGAAGAAUCUCGACGUGACCGACUAUAUCGUGCGCUACGAAGAAAGCGACACGCCGACACACCUUGGACAAUCAACGACCAACCAGCAGCGAUUACGACCGGGAACAAUUAUGAACAACGUCCACCGAACGAACCGAAGAACGAAUCGAUAAGAGAAGACACCGAUUCUAGCAGUGGUUACUCAUCGAGUGAUUCAAAACGAUCAACGACACCGACAUCGAGUAUUUCCUCGACACCGACAUCGAUAACACCUCCAGAAAUGACACCGACAAUACUGCCAAAAUCGACACCGACUAUAUCGCCGAUACCGACACCGACAACAUCGCCAAAUACGACAUCGACAACAUCGCAAACACCGAUAUCAAAUCCAUCGUCGAAAUUAACAUCGAAUAUACCGCCGAAAACGACAUUGACAUCGAUUAUAUCGCCGACGACGACACCGACAUCGAAAAUGUCACCGAAAUCGACUAUACCGCCAAAAUCGACACCGUAUAUAUCGCCGAAACCGACAACAUUACCGAAAACGACAUCGACAUCAAUUAUAACGCCGAAAACGACACCGACAUCGAAAAUAUCGCCGACACCGAAAUCGAUUAUAUCGCCGAAACCGGCCCCGAGAAGCCGACGAGCCGAUUUGAGACCGACAAUCGAAAUGAAGCGUCGUGGUAAGUGCUUCAAUUGUCGACAAGCAGGUCAUGGUCAUCAUGACUGCCCGAAACCACGCCGAUCUGGAUAUUGCUGGUCCUGUGGUGCUGAAAACGGCCCAAACCCGACUUGCUGGACUUGCAACCGAUACUGGUCAAGAUCGAGGAAUGACCAGGCCGAACAACGAAUGCCGACCAACCGAUUACCACCGAACGAUAGACCGAACAACGACCGCCGAUCCAUCGACUACUACCGAACAAAGAACCGAACCGAUCAAACGACCAACCGAACAAGCAAAUCAGGUUACGAGGUUCAACCUGACGAUCAAACCGGAAAACGACCACGAAGAACAACCACCGAUCAACGCGAACAAAUCGACCAAACACCUCGAAACCCCGUGUCAAUGUCUGGGGGGAGGUUUUGUAACAUGAGGAAAAUUCGACAUCGACCCGUGGUUUAAAAAUUAUUUGAAAUAAUAAAUAAUUACCCGGUGAGCAACUUUUGGUGACAUCUAUGACGAAAAAUUCCGACUUUGACCGAGCAAACGAUCCAACGCAUGGAUUGAAACGAGAGAUCCGGGAUAGACGCCGAACUGAACGGCCACGUUAUUUUUUUAUUUGAACAAUUCGACCCGACCAAAUGAACAAUAUUCGAUUCCGACGUUUGAACGAUUUGAUUAACGACAUUUAAGAUCAAUUCGAGUUUGAUCCGAAUAAUGAAUCGCGAAAAAAUAACUUCGACCGACAAUAACCGACUCCUGUGAACAAGUGAACAAGCCGAAGCAUCGGCGUGAAUCGGAACAAAGUGUACGACUGAAUUGUUUUGUUAAUAAACGAGUGAAGUGCCAUAAUGAUUAAUUAAUGAAAUAAUUAAUUUCGCGUAAUAACGGUGUGAUAGUGAAAUUGAACGCGUUACCGAAAUAAAAUAUUAUUUUAUAUUUUAUUUUAUUUCAUCGAGCAAUUCUGAGAAUUACGGAUUAUCCGUGUCUCAUUCGUACCGCAGUCGAGUCUUACGUUUACAAUACUCUGACGUCAUUCGUCAAGUAUUUUGUGUGAAAAAUAAAAUAAGUUUAUUUUAUUUCGAAAAUCGACUGUGUUUCUCCGAGCAAUGAACUAAUUGUGUUUUCGACCAACUACGAUUUUUUUUUGAUAAUAUUGUUUAUAUCGAAUCAAGCCGACAACGGCAGUUAGAUUUUUUUGUAACCGAUAACUUUAUUUGUGAAACCGAUCAACGAUUUUGUUUAAUUAAAUACGACUGAUUAUUUGUUUAAUUCUGAUCAAUUAUUUAUCGUAAUCUUAAGUGCCUGACCUUUCCCCGAUCCGCCACCCUGA